AUGUUGACCGCAGCGCGACCACUCGUCAGCAGCAGGACUAACAUGGCCUUGCUCGGCCAAGCAAGACGCCAGACAGUCAACUCUCUCAAAAUCACCACUUUCUCCUCUUCCUCGUCAACUCUCGCCCAACAACAACACCGCCUCUUCGCCACUAGUUUCAGUCGGGCUCAGGCUACUACAACAAUAAGCCAGGUACCAAUCCUCAAGCCCAGCACGGCGGCACGAUCCAUCCCUCCAGCAUUACCCAACAAAACCAUCAAAACCAUCUUGACAACAACCGAACCCGACACGGUGGUCAAGGUCCAGGGCUGGAUCCGAUCGACGCGCCAACAAAAGCAUGUUACCUUUGUGGAGGUUAACGACGGAUCGAGUCUCAAAGGUGUGCAAGCUAUUCUCAGCGGAGGCCAAGGCAAAGGAUUGGUUGCAGGCACAAGUGUCGAGCUGGAAGGAACAUUGGUCAAGAGUCUCGGAAAGGAGCAAGCAUUGGAGUUACAAGUCUCCAACAUGAAAGUUCUUGGAUCCUGCGAUGCUGAGACAUACCCACUCCAGAAGAAGCGCCACUCAUUCGAGUUCCUCAGAGAGAUCUCACACUUGCGUUCAAGAGCCAAGACUGCAAGCGCCAUCCUCCGUCUCCGCAGUGCCUCUACCUGGGGCUUCCAGAAAUUCUUUGAGUCGCAAGAGUUUGUCCAGGUUCAUACACCAUUGCUAACAUCGCACGACUGUGAGGGUGGCGGAGAGGUGUUCAAGAUUGCACCCCGGAUAUCAGCCCGCGCUCAACAACAACACGAAGAAAAGAAGGGCAGCACCAACCAACAAUCACUAACGCCACCAUUAGGACCAGCACCGUCAGAGUUCUUUGGAUCACCCGUUUACUUGACUGUUUCAGGACAACUGCACCUGGAGAUCAUCGCCAGUGCACUUUCGAGAGUCUAUACAAUGGGACCCGUCUUCCGAGCAGAACCCUCCAUGACCCCUCGCCACUUGUCCGAGUUCUGGAUGCUGGAAGCCGAGGUUGCAUUCUUGGACAAACUAGACCACCUCUUGGACUUCUCUGAGGCAUGUUUGAGGGAGACCACGAGGUACCUGUUGGAGACCUGCAGUGAUGAUAUCGAGUUUUUGAACACUUGGAUCGACAAGUCGCUUAAGCAGAGAUUGGUCCAGCUGGUGGAAGAGCCCUUCAAGCGGAUGACCUAUACCGAGGCCGUCGAGAUUUUGCAAAAGUCUGGCGAAAAGUUUGAAUUUGAGCCCAAGUGGGGUCAGGGUCUGCAGAGCGAGCACGAGAAAUGGUUGGCCGGAUCGUAUUGUAAAGGACCUGUCUUUGUCACGGACUACCCUGCUGGAUUGAAACCCUUUUAUAUGCGGAAGAACGAUUCCACUGUUGCUUCAUCUGCAGGAUCUGAGGAUCGGACGACAGUCGGGUGUGUCGAUCUGUUGGUCCCCGGUGUUGGUGAGUUGAUGGGCGGGUCUUUGAGAGAAGAGAGACCCGAGGUGUUGAAGCAGCAGCUGAAGGACUUUGGGUUGGGAGAAGAAGAAUACCAAUGGUACAUGGAUCUGAGAAAGUACGGUACGGUCCCUCAUGGUGGGUGGGGUAUUGGCUUUGAGCGGUAUCUCCUCAUGGUCACCGGCAUGGACAAUGUCCGCGAUAUCAUUCCCUUCCCUCGCUACAACAACCACUGUAAAUUUUAA